AUGGCAACUACCAUAUCAACUCCGACAUACCAAGAACGCGCCGCUGAAAAGCGCGCCAACCAACUCGCCCUCAUCCCGCCCGAGUGGCGACUCUCCCCAGUUCCCUCAGUUGAAUCGCACCCAGAUGCGCUGGCAUACAUUCGAAACAUACUCACACCAGCCGAACUAGCUCUUACAGAGGAAACGGAUAUCACAGUCCUCCUUCGUAAACUAGCUUCUGCGGAACUCUCCUCUCUGGAAUUGACCAGAGCGUUCGCCAAGCGUGCAGCGCUGGCGCACCAGCUGACGAUAUGUUGUACGGAGAUUUUCUUCGAAGAGGCCUUUGCGACGGCGAAGCAGGUGGAUGAGUAUCUAGCGAAGACAGGGACGACUAUUGGACCUCUGCAUGGAUUACCUGUUUCGAUUAAGGAUUUGUUCUCUGUCAAGGGAGUGGAUACAUCGAUUGGAUGGGUCGGUCUAACCAACAACCCUGCCCCCUCCGACAAAUCUGUGGCCCGAACACUCCGUCGUCUCGGCGCAGUUCUAUAUGUAAAGACAAACCUGCCCCAAUCAAUGAUGAUGUCCGACUCCUACAAUCACGUCUUCGGGCAAUGCGUCAACCCGUUAAAUCGAAACUUGAUUUCUGGCGGUAGUUCCGGUGGCGAGUCCUCGCUUCUUGCGGCUAGGGGAAGUGCGCUUGGUAUUGGGACGGAUCUUGGUGGUUCUAUUCGGAUCCCGGCGAGUUUGUGUGGACUUUAUGGACUUUCGCCGACGCCGGGACGGCAUCCAUAUGAGCGUGGAAGUCCCGGUCAAGAUAUUAUUCGCUCGGUUGCGGGUCCGAUGAGUUGUAGUUUGGCUACUAUUGAGCGAUAUAUGGAGGCUCUGCCCUGUGCAUCGCCCUGGGAACUCGAUCAACAUACUACUCCGGUACCGUGGCGACGAAGUAUGGCCUCGCUCAAGGCGAAGAGACUCCGGAUAGGCUUCUUGGUUGAUGACGGCGUGGUCAGGGUUCAGCCUCCAAUUGCUAGGGCUAUUCAUGAAGUUGUCACUGCACUGAAGGCGGCUGGUCAUGAAGUUUUCGAGUGGGACCCCUCAUCACAUGGGUAUGCAUAUCAACUUUGGGAAAAGGCCAUUCUCUCCGACGGCGGCGAGGGCUGUCGCAAGAAGAUCGAGAUGACCGGUGAACCUUUAAUUGAGGGUAUGCUAGUUGGAACAGAGAAGGAUAUUCUGACUACAUCUGAAACACAUCAACUCCACGCCGACAAAUAUCUUUACGAAAGUGAAUACCUCGACCGCUGGACAACAUCCGGUAUUGACGCCCUCAUCAUGCCCAACACGCCCUGGGUCGGAUACAAGCCGUGGACGUGGGUCAAAUCCAGCGCCUACGUUGGAUACACUAGUAUCUGGAACUUGUUGGGGUAUGCUGCCUUGACUGUUCCCGCUACGACUGUGUCUAUGGAGAAGGAUGUUCCUGAUGGUGAAUGGUUGGAUCAUGUCCCGCGCAAUGCGGGUGAUAGGUUUAAUAAAGAGCAGUAUGAUAUCGAUCUGGUUGAUGGUAUGCCUGUGGGAGUGCAGGUUGUUGGUGGGCGCUUUGGAGAGGAGAAAUGUGUUUCUGUGGCUAAGGCGAUUGAGCAGGCUAUGCGGUGGAGGGAUGCUGCUCGGUCGAGUUUGUGA